AUGAUCAUUCCUUUAUUAAGCCCAGUUGGUGAUUCUGUACCAGGUCCCGUUGGUGAAUCUGUACCAGGUCCCGUUGGUGAAUCUGUACCAGGCCCAGUUGGUGAUUCUGCACCAGGCCCAGUUGGUGAUUCUGUACCAGGCCCAGUUGGUGAAUCUGUACCAGGUCCCGUGGGUGAAUCUCUACCAGGUCCCGUUGGUGAUUCUGUACCAGGCCCAGUUGGUGAUUAUGUACCAGGUACCGUUGGUGAUUAUGUACCAGGCCCAAUUGACGAUCAAACAGUUCAGGAAAUAUCUGCCGCUCCAGCACCUUUAUCUGUCGGCGCCCAUGCAUCAGACCAAACCAGCGACCAUCUGCCCUCUGCUAAACUUGUAAAAGUUGAUGUUGUAGACGAGUGUCUUAUAUCCCGACACUGCGUGGUGUCUUAUGAUAACAUUCCCUUUCCUGGUAAGAUAGUCGAUGUGGAUGAUGAUGAGGAAGUAGAGGUGAGUGUGAUGCACAAGAUUGGAAGGAACCGGUAUUUCUGGCCCGCAAGGGAAGACCGACUAUGGUACCCCAAAGAGAUGAUCGUUACUCUGUUGCCUGAUGCUCCGGGACAGGUCACGAAACGGCAUUCCGAAAUAGACCCACACAUUUGGGCUCUCAUUGAAAUAGAUAUGGAUCUGGUCUGA